AUGCCAUUAAAGGUGGAGGCUCACUCAGGCUACAGCAACUUGAUUGGCUCAGGUCCAGGCCUGGCAGGCAGUCUGGGGGCUUCAGAGACACUCCCUCUCCUUAUCCCAGAGGAUGAGCCAGAGCGUCACUAUUUGAAGCCCCUGAGCAGAGAAGAGCUGGAGGUAGUAGCUGGAGGACCAGGCUGGAAGAAGUUCCGCUCUCGCCUGGUUCUACUCUUCUGGCUAGCAUGGCUGACUGUAUUAGGCAUUGCUAUCACCACAGUUGUACUGACCCCACGGCCAGUCUCAGGCCACCUGCACUGGUGGCAGAAGGCGGUAUUUUACCGCAUACAACCAGCCCUGUUCCUGGAUGCAGAGGGCACAGGGUCAGGAGCUAUAAGCAGAGUGUCUGAGAGGCUGCCUUACCUGAAGUCUUUGGGAGUUGGGGUAAUGAUCUUGGAGGGUUUGUUCAGACCUGAUGUCUCUAUUUUAAACCUAACUCAGAUUGAUCAGAGACUUGGUACCUUACCUGAGUUCCACCAAUUCAUCACUGACAGUAACAAAGCAGGUCUAAAGGUCAUUCUGGACCUCUGCAGUGUAAACAACAAUAAGACAGAGCUCUCAUCAAAUGCUUCUGAUUAUUACCAGGAGUCGUUAAGGUACUGGCUUGAGCAAGGUGUGUCAGGAUUUGAAAUCUGCAGUGCAGACACAGCGUUUACUGAGAAGACACUGAAAUGGUCGAGGGAACCGGUCAAUGAGUUUGGCACAGAUGAUAAUAAAAGGAUUAUAAUGGUAAAGGAAAUAAGUGAUUAUGUUCCAGGGUCCAAUGCUUCUAAUUCAGCUAUAAACAGCUCUCUGGUGGAGUUAGUAUCAAGGUCUCUUAUUCCUCCAUCCUUAAAUCCACUAUCUGCUCCUGAGGUAGCGGAAGUUAUAGAGUCCCACUUGAAGACCCUGCAUGGAGAAUGGCCAAGUUGGAGAGUAGAUGGGCCUUUAGCCUGGAAGCAGUGGAAAGUUGUCAUGGUUCUGAUGAUGACCCUGCCUGGGACUCCUGCCAUCAGAUAUGGCGAGGAGAUUAAUGAAGUACCUAACCCACAUAACCCAAAGAAUUCCACAACGCUCUUCCGUUCUUUGAGCCGCAUUCGCUCUCAUGAAGAAGCUCUCCUCUAUGGCACCUUCACCUCUCUCACUUUGAAUACAUCACUCAUCUUUGGUUCAACAAACUCCACGGCCACACCACCUCUGGCCUUCCUACGUUCAUGGGGGUGUGUUCACUUCCUGGUGUUGGUUAAUUUGGGUUCUGAGUCUUGUGCUCUGAACUGUACCUGGACCAUGAGUCUUCCUGAAAGUGGAUUGUUUGUAACCAGCACGGGGCUAAAUCGCUUUGGUCCGGUGACCCUUCAGUCCAUAAAACUCCAACCUUAUGAGGCCAUUGUCAUUAAGCUGUUUGAGACAAACCCUAAUUUCUGAGAGGUAGGAAAUAAGUGGUGGUAUUGCCUGGAAUGCAAAUGGAUUUCAUAUGUUUUUACAAGAAUUGUGACAAUAUUCCAUUUAGUUCUGUAAAUUAGUGAUACUAAAUUACCAAUAUAGAUUCUUCUGCUAAACACACGAGGUCACUCUAUUAUAUCAACUCCAAAUAUCAGAGAUUUCAAAAGUUCAGAUUUGAGAUUUAUCUAAAAACAAGAUUUUGCUAUUGGUUACUUUACCUCUUAAGUGAUGUGUUUUUGCAUUUUCUUCAUACUUGCAGGUCAUUAAUGACCAUGAAGUGUGUACAGAUUUCUCAGAAUUGACCUCAGACAAUGUGCAAUAUGCAUUCCCCUAUGUGCUGAGCCCAGCUCAGUUUCAUGCUCAAUUACUCAAGAAAGAGCUGUUUUAAAUUAUUCUGUUGUGUUCACAUUCAUGGCAAAUUAAAAACCACACGAACAUUUCAUUAGAAUACCAAAAUCACAAGACUGCAAAAACAAAUUGGCCUCCCUGUGGACAUGCAUGAGCAUGCAACUGGAGUCAGAAUAUGUUCUAAUGUCACUCAGAGAAAAACUUUUACAAACAAUAUGAGCAAAAUGCACAUUUCUUUGAACUAAUGUAAAGACAUACUUUAGAAAUUGUACAGAUGUUUAGUGAAUUAAUAUGGUUUGAAUGGAAAAAUGUUUUACUUUCUUCAUUUAAGAAAAUGCUGCUAAUUGUUGAUUCACUUGUUAAAAAUGUAUAGAAGCAGUGUUUUCCUUCAUUCAAUUCAUCUCCCAAAACAAUUACUACCCAUUGCAGACCAAACCUCUGCAAAAAAAUAUUCUAGAAAUAAUAACAAAUUUGUUGUUCAAUCUACAGAAACAUAUGCAGAAUAAACACUCAAUAAACUCCCUUAAGCAUAACCUAUAUUACUGCUAUAUAUACUCCUAUAUUCUUUAUUUUGGGUUUAAUUAUUAUUUAUAUUGCUUUUAAUUAUUGAUUUAUUUUACAAAUUACAAGACUGUUUUACAGUUGUUGUGUUUGUGUGAAUAAUAUAGUGUUCUGCCUAUGAUGCAACUAUUCAAGGUUUUCUAAUGUUGUCUAAUUGCAUUGUCAUUGAUACACGCUGAAUUCAGUGUUAAUUUAUUAAAUUAUAAAUCAGAUAAAUUAGUUCCAAAGGCAUAAAUGUACAGGGCAGAAAUGUGGCACUUAUCCAGUAGCCACUAGUAUUUCUUUAUAGAUGGUAAAUGGAAUAUUGCAUUAAGCAAAAGGCAGAUUUAUAAAGCAUCGUCAGCAAAAUUGAGGUGUCUAUUUCAACAGCUCUACAUUAGACAGCACACAGUAACUUUAAACAUCAAACAGACCAUAAGAUCAUAUACUGUAGUUAGAAUUAUUGCAUUAGUUCAUGUUGUCAAAUUUAUUAAAUACAGCAAUUGUUCUUUUUUUUAAUUCCACUAAUUAUGUAUAAAAUAGUAAGGUCAAAGGCAAAUAUUUUGUAAUGCUAAUGGGGUUGCACAAACUAUUACUUUCCAAUAUAAAGAAAUUACGAAAUUCUGACUACGCCUUAAGAAGAAGUGUGAAGUUUCUCUUCUCUCUGUGUUUCCGGUAACAUUUGUAGGUAUAGUUUAAUAUUUUUUUGUUAUCUGAUCUUUCCAUUUUUUUUGCACAAGAAAUAAUGCUGUGUAUGUUCUGUCUGUGCAGAUGAAAGAAAAAAAAAAGUUUGCAAAGGUGUAAAUUCUAAAAGUAUCUUUUAUGCCCAAAUUAAUG